UCUAUGUGUUCGUUGUACCAAAUGUAAACAAGAUGGCGCUGGCGAUGCUUUCCACAAUCCAUAAUCGACAUUGGUAGACCGCACCGAAUGAAAUUUCUAUUCGCCAAACUAACGAACGAAACGCAGCGGUGGCAAUGACCCGAACGAACUUCACUCACGUCACCAUCUGUCAAAGUCAUGGCGGCGCGCAUCAGCUAACCGUCGAGCUUUAUUGUUAAUUGUUAUAACAUGGAGGAAAUAUACAAAAAAGUUCCAUGCAGAGAGAACCAGUUAAGUGAGCUGUUUAACCUUCUCGGCGACUACGACGAGCCUUUACCAUGCGCGCUAUUUAUAUCAGGAAGUAUGGCCACAGGGAAGAGUCUGUGUGUGAACACAUCGCUCCGGCAUUUGGGCUAUAAACACAUCAUUAUCAACUGUAUAGAGUGUUAUUCUCCUAAAAUCAUUUACGAAAGCAUUUUAUGUGAUCUCAGCGAAGAGGAAACGGACACAAAAUGUGAUUCAUUACAAGAACUUGUGAAUGGUUUGAACCGCGUUGGGAAGAAACAAAACCGAUACGAACCGAUAGUAAUAGUGUUUGACAAAGCCGAGAGGCUUCGCAGCAUGGACCAUAGCAUCAUGAGCGCGUUCCUUCGACUGCGAGAACUUUGUAACCUCAAUGUUUGUACGAUAUUCAUCUCACAUACAAUUUACGAGAAUUUCUACUUCAAAAUGGGCGUUAGAGAGCCAAUCACAAUAUAUUUCAACAAUUAUAAUAAAGAAGAACUGUUCAAAAUCAUAUUUCUGUAUCACAAAUCAUUUAUAAACCACCUGUUAACCAAUUACGAUGUGCACAAAGAUGUUCAAGUCGAGUUGGAGAAACCGGAGUUAUUUGCGAACUUUCUAAACGCUUUUUUGAGCGUAUUCUACCGUCCGUGUCGGGAUCUGAUUGAAUUACAGCACAUGGCGCGAGUCAACUUCGUUAAAUACUGUGAACCGAUCAUUAAAAAUGAAAUACAAGCUCAUGAUCUACCAAAAUUAUGGCGGCACAUAUCACCAAUAUUAAAGACUAGUCUAGAAUUGUUAUACUUGCGUAUAAGCUCGUCAGCUCCAAGUGUGCCUUCUCCAGGAAAAGAAAACAAUGACUGGGUCCAAAAGACAUACAAUUUUGAAAACACAUUAAAAGAGGAACUUACUUCGACAAAAACUUUCGCUCAAAGCUUCGAGCUACCUUACUAUGCUAAGUAUCUUCUCAUAGCUGCAUAUCUCGCUAGCUACAACCCUCCUAAAGAAGACAAGCGUCUGUUCAUGAAGAAUCACGGAAAACAAAGAAAAAGGAUGCAGCAAGUGAAAGCUAAAGCAAAAAUUGCAGAAAAACUGAAUACUCAACUCGGACCAAAAGUUUUCACGUUAGACAGACUAUUGGCUAUUUUCUAUGCCAUUUUAGAAGAGAAGAUUGGUCUCACGAGUAACUUGUUAGCUCAAAUAGCUACGUUAGUGGAGUUGAAACUGAUAGCGGGAAGUAAAGAGAUAGACCUUGAUACAGCCAAAUAUAAAUGCAUUGUGGGCUAUGACUUUAUUUCAGCCGUGGCUCAAACUGUUGGUUUUAAUGUUAGGAAAUACUUGUAUGAUUUUAUGUAGGAUUAAGCUGUAUUGUAUGAAUUACUAAUUUAUUUUUUUAAUACAUGUUUUUUUGUGUCAUCA